AUGACAACCAACGGCAUCACUCCCAGCGAAGAGGACAUCCACGCGCUCCGCGCCUUCAACCGCUUCUACACGCGCCAGGCCGGCGUGCUUGGCCCGUACCUGUCGUCGGACCUAUCUCUGACCGACGUGCGUGUACUAUACGAGCUCGCCCACCCUGCCGACGGCGCGCCCACGGCCACCGAGAUCGCUCGUACCCUCGGUCACGAUAACGGAUACCUCAGCCGUAUCCUCAAGCGGUUCGAGGCGCGCGGAUGGCUCCUCCGUACUCCGCAUCCCCGCGACGGGCGUCAGAGUCUUCUUUCCCUCACCCAGGCUGGACUGGACGCCUUUGCUCCCCUCGAGGGACGAAGCCACGCGCAGGCGGGCGACAUGCUCGCGGCCCUAGGGCCCUCCGAGAGGGAUGAGUUGAUGGGCGCCCUCUCGACUGUGAGGCGGCUGCUCGACGACUCGGUCGUCAAGGAGGAGGUCAAAGAACUGGAGACCAAGGAUGAGGUAACCUUCCGCGGUCUGCAGCCGGGCGAUAUUGGUUGGGUCGCGAUGAUCCACGGCGCCCAGUAUUUCGCCGAGUACGGGUGGGGCCGCGACUUUGAGAUCUUGGCCGCGCAGGUCGUUAUUGACUUUGCGCGCGACAAGGAUCCGCGCAUGCGUUCGUGGAUCGCCGAGCGCGGAGGCGAGCGGGUUGGAUGCGUGUUCAUGAUGCGUGGACGCGACGACGAGACGGCAAAGCUGAGGCUACUCUGCCUCACUCCCGGCGCCAGAGGGGCUGGCCUUGGUGCUCGACUGGUCGACGAGGUGCUCGCGCAUGCACGCGCGAUGGGGUUUAAGCGCCUCGAGUUAUGGACGCAUUCGUGUCUCACCGCCGCACGGGACAUAUAUGGGCGGCGCGGGUUCGUGCUCACUGAAUCCAACCCGUAUGUCGCUGAGGGUGGGAUCGAGCUGGUCGGUGAGAACUGGGAGGUAGAGUUGUAG